AACUGUAGUUCACAGUUGAGACUGAAGAUGACAACACUUUCAACGCCGACGACGGUGAAUUUAGAAGAAUUGUCAAUGUCGGCGCCCGGAGCUCACAAAACGGUGCUGAUAACCGGCGUGAGCCGGGGGCUGGGCAAAGCUCUAGCCCUAGAAUUGGCGAAGAGAGGUCACACCAUAAUCGGCUGCUCUCGUUCCCAGGAUAAGCUCAAUUCUCUUCAUGCCGAGCUCGCAUCCGCCUCCAGUUCCACAUCUUCUUCCCAAAACAAACACCUCAUCAUGAAAGUUGAUGUGAGGUCAAAUAGCAGUGUUGAAGAAUUGGCACAUGCUGUUAUGGAGAAUAAGAGCAUUCCUGAUAUUGUAGUUAACAAUGCAGGAACCAUUAAUAGGAACAACAGGCUCUGGGAGGUCCCAGCAGAGGACUUUGAUAAUGUUAUUGAUACAAAUGUGAAAGGAGUAGCAAAUGUGCUGCGCCACUUCAUUCCACUUAUGAUUGACAAGAAGCAAGGAAUUAUUGUUAAUUUGUCUUCAGGAUGGGGAAGAUCAGCAGCUGCACAGGUAGCACCAUAUUGUGCUUCCAAGUGGGCUAUAGAGGGUCUGACAAAAUCAAUAGCUAAGGAGAUACCAACUGGAAUUGCAGUUGUUGCUCUUAGCCCUGGUGUUAUUAACACUGAGAUGCUUCAAUCAUGCUUUGGCAGUUCAGCUUCACUCUACCAGGCACCAGAGUCUUGGGCUCCAAAAGCAGCUACAAUGAUACUUAAUCUUACGGUGGCUGACAAUGGUUUAUCUCUUACGGUGUGAAACAUGCACCACCAAAGCAACAUGAUAGCAUUAGUUUGUGCAGAUGCCAUUUUAACCAGAUUUGUCUAAUCUAGCAGUUUAGGAUUUUUCAGAAUUACUUUAAUCUUGUAUGAGCCAGUCAAAGCACCUGAAGGUGAUGAUAUUACUAGGCAAUGAAGAGGAAAUGUUGAAAAUUAAGAGGAUACAUGAUGUAUUAUCUCACAUUGGAUUCAUUGUUGGAUCUCAUAAGCUCAUGAAAUUUACUAUUUGCCUCUUUGGCUGUUUGGUCUACAGAAAAA